ACACUUUCAGUGCACACGACCUCCCCCACACACGCUCGCAAACAUGUCAGAAACCAACGGCGCUCCGGCCGAGCAGCCUCAAUCGCUACCAGAACGACCCAAAGGCGAGGAAGAGGGAGAGAAGGGCCCGUCGAAAAAUGCAUUGAAGAAGGCUGCAAAGGACAAGGAAAAGGCGGAGAAGGCUGCGAAACGCAAGGCGGCCGAGGAGGCGCAGAAGAAGGAGUCUGAGGCCAACGAUGUGUCUGCGGAGGACUACGGCGAGCUGCCCAUGAUCGGAUCGAAAGCAUACACUGCUCCCUCGGUGCCGACGACGUGGGUCGAGCUCGCGGAGAUCGCUCAGCGGUAUUCCUCCCAGUCCGAGACUGAGGGGGUGGGUGCGCAGAUUGUGUUCCGUGCUGCGGUGGAGAAUGCGCGUAACCAGUCGGCCAAGCUGUCCUUCCUCGUCUUUCGUCAGGGUGCGGACAGUAUCCAAGCCGUCGUGGCCGCGAGCGAGAAGCUGAGCCGACAGAUGGUCAAGUUUGCUGGCAGCAUCCCCGCCGAAAGCAUCGUCGAUGUGCACGCGGAGGUGCAGAGGCCGCGAGAACCGGUCAAGAGCACGUCCAUCCAACAUCUGGAAGUGCACGUCCAGAAGUUGUAUAUUGUCUCCAAAGCAGAGGCACAACUGCCAUUGCAGGUCGCCGAUGCCGAACGGCCGAUCCCCGAGGAAGGCAAGGAAGACCAGCAAGAAGACGAAGGGCGACCGAUUGUGGGACUGGCCACCCGACUGAACAACCGCGUCAUCGAUCUCCGAGCCCGACACAACGAUGCCAUCUUCGAGAUCAAGGCUGGCGUCGUGCAACUCUUCCAGGAAUUCCUCUUCGCUCGCAACUUCCGCCUCGUCCAGACGCCCAAACUCCUCGGCGCACCGUCCGAAGGCGGGGCCAGUGUCUUUGAGGUGUCGUAUUUCGACAAGAAGGCCUACCUUGCGCAGUCGCCGCAGCUGUACAAGCAAAUGCUCAUCGCGGCACGCAAGGAGCGCGUGAUGGAGGUGGGCACGAUUUUUCGGGCGGAGAACAGCAACACCGCACGCCACUUGACCGAGUUCAUCGGGCUGGACUUGGAGAUGGCGUUCAAGGAAGACUACCACGAGGUGGUGACGCUGCUGGAAGAACUGAUGCUGCAUAUCUUCAACGGCUUGCGCACGCGCUACAGCAAAGAGACGGACCUGGUGCGCUCCAUCUACCACGUCGAGGACUUCAAGCUGCCCGCCGCCGGCGCCGUGCCGCGCCUCAGCUUCGCCGAAGGCAUCCGCAUGCUCAAAGACGACGGCGUGGAGAUUGGCGAGUUCGACGACCUGUCCACGCCCGACGAGAAGCGGCUGGGCGCGCUCGUGCUGAAGAAGUACGGCUCCGACUUCUACGUCCUCGACCAGUACCCGCUCGCCAUCCGCCCCUUCUACACCAUGCCUUCCGCCGCCACGCAGGCGGCGUACGACGCCAAGGACCCCAACGCGGGCUACAGCAACAGCUACGACUUCUUCAUGCGCGGGCAGGAGAUCAUGUCGGGCGCGCAGCGCAUCCACGACGCCGCCUUCCUCGAGCGCCGCAUGAAGGAGCACGUCGCGCCCGUGGACCCGCAGAGCGAGGGGCUCAGGGACUACGUGAAUGCUUUCCGGUACGGCUGUCCGCCGCACGCGGGUGGUGGCAUUGGGUUGGAGCGGAUUGUCAUGUUGUGGUUGGGGCUGCCGAAUGUGCGGUUGGCGAGUUUGUUCCCCAGAGACCCGGGACGAUUGAUGCCUUGAAGGGUGGGGCAUGGGCAGCAUCACCACGGGCAAAAGGGCAUUUCGAAGGUUAAUGUAGACAUAGAAUAAUGCCCUCCAAUACCGCACAAUCAGCCAAUAGACUGCACUGCUCUCAUGAA